GGUGACGCAUUUUUCCUCCAUCACUUGACUGUCAAGUGUCACAAUAUGCUUUUCGAAAAUGUUUCCUACUCUUCAGUGAUUAAUGGCCUCGCCAGAGAUCCGGUCCUGGCCAGUUUAUAACAGUCGUCAUAUACGUGCUUUUUGAGUCUAGACAGGAAGUUCUCUGAUUUGCAAGACACCAAGCUGUUAAAUUCCUCUGCUCUUUGCCUAUCCUUGAAUCAAAAUCAAACUUGAUCAUGGCCUACAAAGGACGUACUCGCCAAGAUCUCUCCCAAAACCAGCUUGGAACCGCCGCUGCCUCGGCUCCUAACCCAAUGGCUGCCAUCACUUCGCUCCCCAACCCCGUUAACACGGCCAAUUAUCUCGUCUUUUACAACUCUCCCAACAACCGGCUCGCCGCUGUCCAGCAGGCCUUGUCUAAUCUCGGCGGACCGCUGUCCGACGCUGGAGCCGCGGCGAAUACCAAUAUCCACUCGGGCUUCGUCGCCAACCCUUCUACACUGACCUCGGUCCUUUUCCAAAGCACGGUCAAUGUCUACGGCGUGCUCGAUGGGACAACCAAGGGCGAUCUCUUCAUCUGCCGCCUGAGCCCUGGCUUCGAGCUCCUCAACAUCGGGAGCCCGCCCGUGUCAACUCCCAGCAGCAUCGCGGCCUGCGGCGACGGCGGCCAGAACGGCACGCUCUUCUACCUCGCGGUGGACGGCACCAUCAGAUUCAUCACCCUCCCUGGGACUCAGACUACUUCCAAGCCGACGCCAAUCAGCCUUUCCCUCAACCCAACUACCUAUCUCGGUGCAGUCUAUGGCACUUUCACCGGAAAGUCGGCCGACUCAUACGUUGGUCUGCAGACCACCCAGGGACGCGUCUACGUCUGCUCUGGGUUCAGUGAGAUCUCCGCCCCCAUCCAGCAGAGCAACGGACUGAAGAACACGCCCAUCGCCAUGGUCUUCGUCAACGGCAACCUGAUCGUCUACUUCCUGGGCCCCGUGGGCUCGGGCCCGGACUCGAACACCUCGCCCGUGUGCCGCGCCGUGACGGACAACCUGCUGAACGGCUUCUACUUCUCGCUGCUGGACACGGCGCCUUCGCCCAACGGGUACACGCAGCUCACCGCGUUCCCGGCCCCCGCGCCCGGCGGCGGCAGUCCCUCGUCGGUCAUCCUGAGCUACGUCCAGGACAGCAGCAACCAGCUGGUCAGCUGGGAGGAUGACCUGACAGGUAUAAAGGACGGUAGACAGUAUUAAGAACUCUAAAUUUGCCAAUGUCUUUUUACUGGCUGGUUUGGGACCCGGAAAAGUGUGUAAGGCCUUUUGGGUUUGGCAGGUCUCUGGAACUUGCAGCUCGAAGACCAAGUAAUUGGUAUGGAGUUCAGCCAUUAAUAUGCUCCGCCAAUCAUUGUAAUACGAAAGACAUCUUUGCCUCCUAGAGGCUUAUUUUUCGACGAGUUAUGUAAUUCGGCACCGUCACACCCUGUCGGCUGUAAAUGAAGCCAUUGCGGCGACUCUUUGUUGACCCAUCCAAGCCUCCUCUACCAAGCGAUGGCGAUGGGUCCUUGCCGGUGCAUCGCAUCCAUAGGUUGGAGGCGGUACUUUACGACUCGUUGAACUUCCCGAUGGAAUAGUUUUAGGCCAUCUGUGUUUCCA